AUGGCCAGAACCUCAGAGAUCAAAAGGAUCACUAAUGAGACAAAGAUUCAGAUUGCUCUCUCAUUAGAUGGAGGAGUUGUAGCUCUUGACGAGUCUCUCUUCACUAAGAAAUCAAAGACUACUGACGAAGAUGAUGCUCAUGCGACUCAAGCUACUUCUUCUCAAGUUAUAAACGUCCAAACUGGGAUUGGCUUCUUAGAUCAUAUGUUACAUGCAUUGGCCAAACACAGUGGUUGGUCUCUUAUCAUUGAGUGCAUAGGUGACUUACAUAUUGAUGAUCAUCAUACAGCUGAAGAUGUUGGUAUUGCACUUGGUAUGGCAUUCCACAAGGCACUUGGACAAGUUAGAGGUGUUAAGAGGUUUGGAACCGGAUUUGCUCCGCUCGAUGAAGCAUUAAGUAGAGCUGUAGUUGAUUUGUCCAAUCGACCAUAUGCGGUGGUUGAAUUGGGAUUAAAGAGAGAGAAGAUUGGUGAUUUGAGCUGUGAAAUGAUUCCCCAUGUAAUUGAAUCGUUUGCUCAAGGUGCUCAUAUAACUCUACAUGUUGAUUGUUUGAGAGGAUUCAACGAUCACCAUAGGGCUGAGUCUGCGUUUAAGGCCAUGGCUGUGGCUAUUAAGGAAGCUAUUCUGUCUAAUGGAACCAACGAUGUUCCUUCCACCAAAGGUGUAUUAUUCUAG